CUGUGUAAGGUUAAUUAUGGAUUUCCAAAAGGGGUGGGUGGGACAGGCAUAAAUCUGAUUUCCCGGAAAAAAGGCCCUUUACAUUGGUAUGCGUUAGUACUGACGUUUGCUGUGCAUUAGAAGCUUCAAAAUUAGCGCACUCAGCAAAGCUCCCUUUCAGAAAGCCCGAGGGGACCCUUUCAACCCUGCAGUCAGGCUUAGGCUGCAGUAUUACCACGCUCUGUACUUUUCGCCCACAUCUACCCGUAGAAGCAGCCCUAUAGCUGGAAUUCUGCACACAGCACCGAGUUUGGCGUUUCCCUUUUAUACCCUAGCAGUACUGUAGCAUUUUGCACAGCAAGCGAUACACGCUACUUGAACAGUACCCAGGCAAUCAUUUUUCUUGCACUUAUUUGUGGGCUUUUGACUUACUGUAUGUAAACAUGUACAGUAAAUUAUUUAGUGUUCGCUAAGAACAGGGACUAGCGAAAUGCCCACCACUGCAAAUACCGACUGAAGGCGUUGGAACUGCUCCUGCUGCCAGCGUGCCUCUCCAAAGACGCAUCAGGAGCGUACUGGGGAGACCACUGAUGCUUUAGCAGACUGAAAGGAUCCGAAGCAAAGGCAAGCGUGAUUCUCAUCAUCAGCCCCACUCACUCCUGGCGUCUGUUCCAGCUGUGUGGACCACCUUGGGACUAGUUCUUUCCUUGCUAUGUGUGUUUUUCAACCACACGUACAGCAGCGUGGUGUUCGUAAGAACUUGCCUCUAUUUAAGGGAGACGUUUUACAACUAUAUUUGUCACUUAAUGGUACUUUAUAUCCCGUGGGCUGUGUAACAAAACAGACUAUUGUAGCUGAAUUUUCUGCAGAUUCUUCUAACGGCUGCUUUUAUCCAAUUGUGUUUAGUCUUACAGGAUUUUUGGUGUAACACCUUCCUAGACGGACAACGAGACUUGAAUUUGCAGCGCGUUUGCUCCUUUUGGGAGUUGAACCUAGGAAAUUAAGGCAUAGCGCUACACUAGGAAUUCCACCGCAGUCCGCUUGGAGUGUAAUUUCCCCCCUCUAUCUCUUUUGCAAAGGCAGUUUUCUGGUGGCUACUAAGCUAUUGCGUAGGGGGCUUCUCCACUUGCCAAAGCAGGGUUACAUCCGCACACUCUGCUUCUCCUGCAUUUGUGUCUAACCCUCACACGAUCUCACAUAUAUCUAUACCAACACAGUACACACAAACACACAGACACGCACACGCAGAAACUUAGUCGCUGUUGCUUCUAAAUUACUGGGAAUAUGAUAACCCGCUGCGAGCAUCACUACAGCUGAUUUCUGUGGACAAGGCAAAGGGCUUCUUGGCAAACCGGACUCCUUUCCAUUGUACUAUUGCUCCGAGGGACCCACCACAUUUCCAGCUUGGCACCAGUUACAGCAGGAUUUCCUCAACAUGAUCUUGGCAAACGUAUUAAGCGUCCUUCUUCUUUUAGAUGAGUUUAUGCAGUGUCUUUCAAGUCAUUCUGCUGUGCCGAGCCCAGGAAUCAUUGGCUGGAGACCACCUGUGGACUGUGUAAAGGGUAAUGAGCUCUGUACCACUGAUUCCACCUGCAGCUCUCGUUAUCGUACCUUGCGCCAGUGUCUGGCUGGCAGGGACAGGAAUACUAUGCUAGUGAAUAAGGAGUGUCAGAGUGCUCUGGAAGUGUUACAGGAGAGUCCACUAUAUGACUGCCGCUGUAAGCGAGGGAUGAAGAAGGAGCUUCAGUGUCUUCAGAUUUACUGGAGUAUACAUCAGGGACUGACUGAAGGAGAAGAGUUCUAUGAGACAUCACCAUAUGAACCUGUAACAUUUCGACUUUCUGACAUAUUUCGGCUUGCUUCAAUCAUUUCAGGAAUGGACCCAAAUGCUUCAAAAACCAACCACUGCCUAGAUGCAGCAAAAGCCUGUAACCUAAACGACAACUGUAAGAAGCAGCGUUCUGACUAUAUCUCUACCUGCACCAAGGCCAUGAACUCUGAGCAUUGUAAUCGCAAAAAGUGCCACAAGAUGCUGCGUCAGUUUUUUGAUCGUGUCCCCAGCGAGUACAGCUAUCGCCUUCUCUUCUGUUCCUGCAAAAACACAGCAUGUGCUGAGAGGCGUCGGCAGACCAUUGUGCCUUCCUGUUCAUACGAGGACAAAGAGAAACCCAACUGUCUUCAACUGCGCAACACCUGUAGGCUGGACUACAUAUGCAGGUAA